AUGUUCGAGCAAUCCGGUUGUGAACGCGAUCAACCGCAUCUGUGCUUAACCGAUUUUGUCGCACCACUCGAUGGGGGUAAACCCAAGGACUACAUUGGGAUGUUCGCAUGCACAGCCGGGUUGGGUGCCGAGGCAUUGUGUGCAAAGUUCGAGGCGGAAAGUGAUGACUACAACAGUAUCAUGGUUAAGGCUUUAGCCGAUCGUUGCGCCGAGGCGUUGGCUGAGUGUUUGCACAGGCGGAUCCGGGUCGAGUUGUGGGGUUACAGCAAAGAGGAAACUCUAUCGCAUGAUGAUAUCCUUUCGAUCAAAUAUCGUGGAAUUCGACCAGCACCCGGAUAUCCAACACAACCGUAUUUAAAACGUAUUCUCUGGCGACUCCUUGGCGAGUGUAAAGAGGCGCAAAUCGGGUUGACGGAUUCUCUUGCAAUGACCCCAGCAGCUUCAGUCUCUGCUUUGUGUUUCUCUCAUUCAAACAGCCAAUAUUUCGCCGUCGGCAAGAUCAAUAAGGAUCAGGUAGAGGACUACUCGUCCCGGAAGAAUCAAAGCAUUGAGGAGACUGAGCGUUGGUUGGCACCGAUUCUUGGAUAUGAAAAUGAU